AUGGAAUUGUCUCGCUUUACAAUUCUUCACAAUUUCUCAAUAAUCUCCAACAAAACUCACAAAUCCUCAAUCAAUUCACUCUCCUUCUCAAUUUCUCUCCGCGGGCACUCCCUCCGCCGCCACCUCACUCUCGCAGACCUCCCUCUUCCGGUUUCCUUCCGCCGCCACUGUCCGACUGGAGGUCCGACGAGCCUCCCGCCGUCUGCCACCAAGUCGCGGCCUCCUUCCUCUUCUCUUCGGGCGAUCGUGCCACAUACUCCCUAUGGUUCUCUCAUCGCAACAUCAUCACCUCAUCUCAUCUUCAAUUCUCCAUUUUUGAUUCUUGAGCCAUCCGGAGCCCUCAACGAUUCCUUAGAGAUAUCUCGACGACGCUUGCUUGUUCGGUAUUCCACUUUAUUUGUGGGAUACCGCAUUUUACACAUGUCGAUGCUACGGUGUUCCGCUUUACUUGCGGGAUACCAAAUGUACAUUGUCUUGUCCCUCAUUCGAGCUUGUACGAGGACCUCUGGUUUUCUAAUUCGCUUUUGCUGUAAUAUGCGGAUUGUUAUCCAUUUGGUUUAUUCGAUGUUUCCUUUCCCUUCCGUGGGAUAA